UAUUAACAUUGAAAGAGGAAAGUUUCAACUGUUGUACAAAAGUAAUUUAAUCCUAUGUAAUGAAAUAAUUUAUAAUUGUGAUGCAGAAAUACAAAUAUACAUAUACAUAUAUAAAUUUAUACACAUUUUUUAAAAAUUUUUUUCUAGGAUGAAGUGCGUAUUUGAUCUGAUGCUGUGUCACCAUACAUCACAAAACCAUUUUUAAAAACUAAAAAAAUUUGUGAACUACAUUUUAAAUCUGAAGAUAUUGAAAAAUAUUUCAGUAUAAAAUUAAAAGAUGGUACCAUCAACCAAAUACCUCGACAAAAACCGGUACUAAAAAGAAAUGCGAUACCAAUAUUUUUUUCUACUGACAUUAGAAUAAAUAAGUGGGAUGACCUAGUAUUUGAAUGUAAUAGAAACAAGGAAAAAAGCUUUAGCAUAAUUAAAGAAAAUUCAAAUAAAAUUCCAUUGCCAUCCAAAUUUUGGUCAAUAAUUACUACUUCACAAAAGUAUAUUGCAUUUUUAGAAAUGUAUGAUGAUAACAAUUACAGCAUGAAAAGAGUAAUUUUAUCAUCAGAUAUGAGAGUGCAGGUAAUGAUUAACGGGAGGGAAAUAAAAGUUCCACAUGAAGUAAUUACUGUUGAAAAAAUUCCGAUGCUUCUAGAAUUAACGUCUAAAUUAUUACCUUGUCAUUCUAAAGAUUGUAACAGGUCUCAAAAAUGUACUGGUUUUGUAUAUUCAAAAUCAAAAAGUACUCCUGGUCCUCAGGCGAAAUGUUGCUUAGAAUGCAAGAAAUUAAAAAAAAAUAGAUUAAAGCAGAAAUCAAGGAAAAAAAGAGUCGAGUGUAAAACAAAAAUUUUGAAAAGAAAAAUGAGAAAUAGAUAUAUUGGACUUCAAAGAAGAUAUACUACGCUUCAAAGGAAGAUUAAGCGUAUUGAAAGAAAUGCGGAAAAACUUCGCAAGGAAUGUGCAACUUCAAAAGAAGAGAUUUUAAAUCAAAUCUUACAGAAACUUCCGGAAAAACAAAAAAUUGCUGUUGAAGCUUGUUUCAAACCAUCACAAUACAAAAACACUCAUAGUAUGCGGUAUACUACACAGUGGAUUUAUGAAUGUAUACUUUUGAGAAUUAAAAGUAAAAAAUUAUAUCGUCAGCUUCGUCGUGAUAAAAUUUUAACGUUGCCUUCGCCGACAACUUUGGGGAGGUAUUUAAAAAACAUUAAAGCUUCGUACGUGUUCCAAAAUUACAUAUUUAAAGGCUUAGCUGUGAAAACUGCUUCUAUGCCAGCAGAAUGUCGAACAGGAAUGUUGGCUGUGGAUGAAAUUAAAUUGUCUAAAACUUUGUCCUUUGAUCGUGUAAAUUUAAAAAUUGAAGAAUUUACUGAUCUUGGACAGUUCACUCCGGAGCACCAGAAGGCAGUUCGCGGCGAUCAUGCCCUAAAAAUAAUGUUUCAACCCUUUAAGAGCAAUUUUGUGCAAACGAUUGGCUGCUUUCUUAGCAAAGGUAGUGCCAAUAGCACUGUUGUGCACAAAAUAAUAUUAGAGGCCAUUAUACUUGCAGAAAAAUCCGGUCUUUUCAUUGACGCAGUUGUGACUGAUGGUGCAGCUUGGAAUAGGGCAAUGUGGACGAAGUUUGGCGUUUCAGAAAAAAAAUAAGCGUUUGCUAUCCAUGCAGCACAGAAAGAAGACUGUGGUUUCUGUCUGAUUACCCACAUUUAAUUAAAAUUCUAAGAAAUUUUAUUACGAAAUUUGGUAAAUUCGAAAAAAUAUUUACACCUGAUAGAUUUAUUUCAAAAAAACAUUGGUAAGCCUUACUCGAGAUUUUGCAGCAGGAACCUUAUGCAUUAAAAGUUAAUUACAAACUACGUAAAGAGCACAUUGAUCCUAAAUUUUAUCAAAAAAUGAAUGU